GCCUCCAUCCCUCCUCUCUGCACAAGAGCCAGCUCUGGAGGACAGAGGUGCUGUAUCAUGUCCAGGUAGGACACCACUAGCGUGAACAUCAUCCCAAGGUGAUCACCCCAAGGCACUGAGCUGUCCUGCUCUUGUGGCUCCUGUUUCACCCAGCAGCAAGGCAAAGGCAAAGAAGACCUAGGACUGCCUCCCCUGAGUGUGGCAUCCAGACCACCUGCAGCACUCGUAGGGAUGGAUUCCAAAGGUAACGUCCGAAGUGCCAACAAACCCGAUGCCAAGGCCCCCAGCUCUGGAAAGUCAGAAAAGCCCAGCCCUGGGCCUGCCACUAAUGCAGACAAGAAGGAGACCCCCAAAGAGCAGCCUAAUCCUGCCACUGCUCCCAAGAAGGCCGGCAGCGACGCUGCUGUCGUGAACAACCACAGCAACCUGAAACCCAGUGCAGCUGCCACGGAGACACAAGAGGCCACUGGCCAGUCCCCUGACUCUGACCACAAGGGAAAUGGCUCCGAGGAGUCACCGGGCAGCAUCUUCGACAACAUGAAGCCCUUGAUCAUCGUUGGAGGAGUGGCGGUGGCGGCGCUGGCGGUGAUUGUGGGAGUGGCGUUCCUAGCCCGGAAAAAAUGAAGACCGAGACGGGGUGGGCUGAGAAUCCCAACCUGGCUGUACAGCUCCUUUUGAGACAAAUGCAUGCAGAAAAAUUCUAUACAUAUCUAUAUAGAGAGAGCGAGCUAGAUAGGUCAAUGUCAAACACCAACCGCAACUCCAAGGGUCUUGUUCAAGACAACUGUGCCAGUUUGACCCGAUGUGGGUAACUCCAUGCACUCAGUGUGUUCUUUUCAUGUAAUAUAUCUUGGCUUAUACCACUGUGUAUAGAUUACAGCUUCUCCUGAUUGGUGUAAAUGACGGUGUCCCCUCCCCUCCCCUGCUGUCCUCCCUGGGAGCCACUCCCACUUCUCUUGCGGUCCCCUGUUUUCAAGUCCAAAGUGUUCUUCGUCCCAUCCGGAGUCCCUGCUUUGUGUUUUGGUUUUUCUGUUCAGUUUGUUUUGAGGGAAGAGAUGGAGCCUAGUGAGAAGACCCAGUUCACCUGUCCCUGUAUGUGGGGCAAAGCGUGGUUUCUUUGUGUUAAUUUCUUGGGGCUUUGGAUAAGGCUGUUCGGCUGGUAUUUUCCCACUGGAGGCUAUGGCCUUUCUGUACAUGAGAAGGUAGGAAAAAAAGGGAAACACAAGCUGGUUUUAGGGGUGGACAGGAGCUGGGACCCCAUGAAAAAUAACACUGACCUGCAUCAUGCCAGGGAAACCCUGAUCAAGGUCACUGGAAAGAUCCAUCUGUCCUAGAGUGAUUCCUCGCCUGUGGCAGUAGCAGGGAUUUGUGACUCCUCCACAUCUUGGAAAUGGAAACAAAUUCCCAGCACUGGGGAGCAGCCUGGUUUCACUGGUGAGUACCUCAGGUCUAAAGCCAGACCUUCUAAGAAGGAAAAGGAAGGCAGGCAAUGAGAGGAUUCAGUGCCUUGGCAGAUGCCCUUACCCUGACAACCAAGAAGUGGGUCAUUUUAUCUUGCACUGUCUUUUUAACUUGGGUCAGAGCUCAGAUGAUGUCAGAGAUUAGAUGAGGUCACAACCGCAGGCUCCCUGGAGCUCAACAGAAGUUGCAACCAAUGGGGUUUUGGAGUGAUGCUUAGAAAAAGGCCAUGAGAUGGUGGGGUGAGUUCAGUAGAAAUCAAUUGAAGAGCCAAUGUGAUGCGUCUUGGAGCCUAGAUGUACACAUUCAGUGUGUACUAGGGCAGAGAAAGGCAUAUGUUCCUUGGGUGCUGUCUUUGCAGAACCAGCUUCUUGAAAAAUUACUAGAUAGGAUGGCAGAUGUGUAUAACCCAAUCUGGUAAUUCUCUUGGCUCAUUUCUUCUUCAUUUACCUCCAAAUUUGUUUGGCUGAAUGCAUAAAGCUUCCCCAGACAAAAAGCCUUUUCAACACAGCAUGGCCUUUCCUAUGGUUGCCCUCUUUUCCCCAAGGCUCAUAAAAUAUUCUCAAGGGCACACAACCUCUGGGAGUAUCAGAUGCUGUCUUCUGAUGAACGACAGGCUGCUUGCAGCAUGAGUUUAAUGUCUACCUCUACCUUCACCAGUACAGAGAAAGGAGAUGUAUAUGUUGAGUUCACAGUGGUUUUGGAAAGGGUGCUAACAGCCCAGGAGAAAUCCUGGUGGUCCAAAGCACUCCUUCCCUGUAUUGUGGGUAUGUCUUCAAGUAGCAGUGUGUCACAGCCUGGAGAAUUUUUUGGAGUUGAACAGAAGGGCCCAUGGCUGGGUGCCUCCACAGAAUGGAUUUCCCCUCAUCCUGCUGUGCAGUUCAGUCAUUCAUUUUUGGGGGGGGUGAAGUGAGGGUAAACAACAGCAGAGGAAUAUGAAUUGGGAAAGUAGGGAUGUGAGGCACAAAGUAACUCAGAAGCAGUCCUAGCACAGAACCUGCUGCAACUGCAGCAGGGCUUUGCAAGAGGAUGCAAUGGGGCUGCUUCACCUCCCUGCCUGCACCUCAUCCAAAAGCCUGGGGUGAUGCAGAGCACCCAGACUUUGGCAGUGCCCUUGGCAUGUCCUCAUGCAUGAGCCAGAAGCAAAAGGCAACUCAGUCCAGCCAGGAACCUCAUCUGUGUUACCGCCCACCAGGUACAGAGUAACAUACCCAAACCAAUGGUGUUUGGAUACAGGGAUGGAUAUUGCUGGGCUCUGCUUCCUUUCAGGCACAAAGCUUUUGGCUGUAGGGACUCUUAUUGUGCUGCUUACGAGGAAGGGAAGAUGGCCACCCCUGUUCUGAUUCAUGUUUUACCAAAGCAGGGUUGGUGAUUUUCAGACCAAUGCCUCUAUUUUCAACUCCUGCCUUUAAGAGAUGCUUCCACCUGUCCUGUCUUCUCGUGGCAUGGGAUAUUUUUAGCAGUGUGUGAUGCUACAGAUGCAGCAUUUAUCUAGUCUGCACUGAUCAGCAUAGAUAGAUGCAGGGGGAGGAAAAAAAAGCCUGCCUCAUUUGAGAAUCUUAUUAUUAUUUUAUUUCUGAAGUGUUUUCCUUUUCUUUGCUUAAUGUUUGGCAACAGAAGAGGGAAAAACAAUUCUCAGCCAACAUGGGCCUUAACCAUUUCUGUCUGCAUCCGACCCCUCCUUGCCCUUAGGGUAUGUGGGUGUAAGGCCAGUAACCCCAUCCGGAAACACCCCACAGAGGCAGUGCUGGGACAGCAGCUUAUGCUCUGGGUACAUAACCACAUGCAGCCCUCCCCAGGCAGGGACUGUAAUUUGUCCUGUCCAUAAGGGAUCUUCUGCUUACUGCCGUAACUUAACACUGUCUGUUGUCCAGAUCUAUCAUCUGGAGCCCACCUCUUUGGUUUGGUUUGAGAAACACCUCUGUUUAUGUGUGCAUGUGAGUGUGCCUGUACCACCACCCUGCCUUGAAGAAUAUUCUGUGUAUGUCUGUAUAUUUACAUAUCUAUACUACCGCAGUCUGAGUAAAGUCACAUUCCUUGUAGGGAAAACCAAAACAAAACCUGGAGGUGACACUUUGUUUGUUCCCCUGCAUUCUCACAAAGCGUUCAUGAUGUCUUUUUUGUGCCAUGCAUCACAUCACGCAGCACCCACAUUUCUUUAUUUGGCCCUGGUUUCUGCUCAGUGCAAAGAAUGUAUGGCUAGUGAACUGCUGAAUGUAUCACGUGCACAUUAUGCUAUAAGCGUAAAACUGCUGUUCUUCUCCCUGGAUAGUCAUGUGGGCUACUCGCUUGAAAUUAAGGCACUUUUAGACUAUAUUGAACUGUAUGGACUGUGUAGCACUUGUCAAAGUGUGGGUCUAGCGUUGGCUUGGGUCAGGCAGAUGAAGCGUAGAUGCCACACGAGCUCCCAGGCAUGCUGCUGGGACCACGCACUUGUAAGUGACCUCCUCUCAGCAAACACCUCCCGUUCUGCCUUAACGUGCCAGGCUGUGCGGUAGUUUCGUUCUGAGUAAAAAUGUCCAGUGAGAAGUAGGCUGAGAAGAGCAAAUUCUCCUCUCUCAGCAUCGAAGCGAGACUGAACUCAAAGCUGUCGAGAAGCCGAAGGCUUAAAUGACUGAACUCGCUGUGCUAAAUAAAUAGUUGUCUUUUCUCGUACUGAGCACAUGCUGUUAUUUGCUUGAUGUUAUUCUUUGUGUGGUGUUUGUGAUAUGAAGUCCUUCUAGUGAUAUCUCCGUGGGGAGAAUGAGCUAAUUGCUAAAACUAAUAAGACUCUGCGCUUGGGUUUUGAAGAGAUCUAGAUUGCUAGUUUACUCUUUUGAUAAAGUCUAAAUCAGAAAUUUGACUUCACAGACAUUGCAGCUUAUCACUAAAACUACAGAUUCAAUUACUGUACCUGAUCCAUAAGUUUUGGUUGGAUUCAAAGAUGUAUACUCGCUUGGGCAACUUUUUAGAAGGUUUUUGAUGCUUCUAGCUUUCAGGAAGAUGGGAGAGAUCACAGGUCUGCUUCCACUUUCCGCUGGUUUAAUAGGCUGUGGUAAGCCCUGCUACCCCCAACGGCUUUGCAGCAGGAUGCAAACAAACCUGGGAAGAAAAGGAUAACAUAGCAGCACUUUCAGGAUGGCAAGCACUGGGCAGCUGCUUGCCCUGGAGCACUUCCCAGCCCCACCAGGUUUAGUGGCAAAUUGAAAAUGGAUUGGUGUCUUUGUUGGAUUAAAGGUUAGCAGCUGAGCCACAAGCUGCUGAAAACAAAGGGAAUUUUUCCAUCAAUUUCACAUGCUGUGAUCAGGCACUGGGGUCUUAUCGGCACCAGGGAUAUGACAGCAGGUCACUGGAAGAUACAAAGGCAUUUCAGUGUCAUUUUUGUACAAAAUUGGCAAAAAUACUUCUUAGUCCUCUGCUGAGUAUAAGGGGAGUCUUUAUGUGCAAAACCAUGCUUAUAUGGACAGUAAUAUUUGUGAAUAACAAUCAGGAUGACUUUAAAAACCAGCAAACAAAAAACUCACUGGUGAGAGAUGAUUCCUGCUUAAAAUUCCCUUCCUUUCUUGGAAAUGCCACGAGGGUUCAGAAAUCUGCCUUGUUCUAACUAUUCUUAGAACUGGUUGAAAAUAGCAAUCCUGAAGAUUUCUGAGAAAGAAAAUGUUCUUCAAGAAACAAACCAAACAAUGGAGGCAAUGAAAAGAGGACCUGAAGAGUGAAAUUCCAGGAAUUUCAGUCAGUUCUGCAGAGAGCUUUGGGUCAGUGUUGCUGAGGAGGUGUGAGAACCAGGGCAGAGCAAAAAGCAUGACAUAGCACCUUUGAAUUUUUAUACCUUAUCCACUUCUUUUGGGCCAGGGUAUGUGGUACCACCCGCAUACAUCAGCAUUUAAGCUGUGUGCUACAAAGAAGUCAGAAGAGGGUAACGUGAGCAGUGUCUGCCUCACACAGUGGAUUAAAUAUUGCUGCUCUUUUCAGCCCAUAAUCUAUCCCAAAGUGCUUCCUGUCCUAUAAUAUCCAUUUUUGGCCUUUUUUGUCCAAAAAUGUCUCCUGUUUCCAUUUCAACUGGAAAUGAGUGCUAUUGCAAACUUUAUCUUUGUGAAGUGUUGAUCAUUAAUGAGAAGCUAUUUUUAAGGGCAAGGAGCAUAGAAUAAGGCUAGUAAGGUUAAUGACGGUCUUAGCUGUCAAAAACAAGAUAGAGCGUGCUUAAUCUAAGUCCAUCCUACUGAAUGCAGCUGUCCAGAAGAUAGCUGUCAUUGAGCUAGACUACGAUAGCUUGAAUUUAGCACCCCAGAUGAUGCUGCUGCUGAGGGGACAGCAAUUUAUCUGAGUCAUUGGCUUGGAGCACGCCCCAUGCGCCACUCGGCUUGACUUGGCCAGCUCUGUUCCAAUAUCAUUUUUUAGUCUUUUAUUGCUUCUUGCAUUAGUUAGCUCAGAUCACAUUACCUCAAUUGGCCCUGGAGAGUUAAGUCUGUUGAGUAAAGGGUUCUCAGUGAUGAAGACUUUCUUCCUCUUCUAGUUCACACAGCCAUGUGACCUGCUCUCCUUUUAAAAGCCCGGAUUCCUAGGCUGGUCACACCAGAUCUUCAUGGCUCCAUCGGUUUCUAGAAAUUUGGUUCAUUACUUGUGCUUUACUGCUGCUUCACUUACUGAACUGUCUUCCCAGACAACUCUGCAGAUGUGACCUCUCCACAGAGGCAGAAACCCUGGCCCAAUGCAGAGGCAGAUUUUGGGCAGCCUCACCUAACAGAUACAGCCAAAGUUCAGCCUCUCAGCACCUAAAGGGAAUGCAGAGACUGUGUGGUGCAGCAGAGAAGUAUUUAUUUACCCUGGCUGCUAAAGCUUUGGAGUUUGAGGUGCGAGAUGCCGAGCGCUAGCCUGCCACAGGAGCUCAGUAGAGAAGAAAAGCACUGCUGGAAGGUCAUGUCCUUGUCCUUACUCAGAGAAACACUGCAUGACUGCAAGCUCUUCCUGGGACUGGAGACCCAGGAGCAGCCAGCCAGUUGGAUGUGAGGGCAUUCAGGCUAUUCAAGAGAUGCUAACGCAGUGUACGCAAACACUACACCUGGCUGAAGCUAGGAACGCUUUGGUACUCUACAUAUUGGAGCAUGAGGAAUACAGGCAGAGAAGAGAGCUGGCUCUCAGCUGAAGUCAAGGACCUGCAUUUUUGCUGGCCUUGCAGAAUCAGACCAUACGUAGGGAAUGCACUGCAGCCCUCAUCUUCCACCAGCUGCAGGACUGAGGACAGAGAAGACUGCAGGAAUGUUUCUGUUUGACUGGGCUGCUCGAGUUUUACGAAGUUACAUGAGAUGGCUGGGCCUGGAAAAUUCACAUCCUGUUCAACAAAACCAUACUAAAAAGCUAGCACUCAGUGCAUGCAGAAUAGAUCACAGUAACUGGUUUUCAAAUGCGUGAGUUUGGCUCUACCCUGCACUCUCAUUCUGCUGGCUGCUUUGUAAAGGACUUGAUCUCUUCCAACCAAAAUGAUUCCAAGUGUUUGUUCUGUUUGGACACUGACAAGCAGUGUGUAGGGAGACACAUUCUCUGCUCUUGGAGGCUGUGCUCUUCUGAUUAAAUAGAUCUUUUUUUGCUGAAAAAUAUAACUUGGAUUAAAUAGGAUUUGGACCGGCAGUAUUUGGCUAUGUUACUCUUGCUCUCAUUUAUUUUUCCAGUUGUUACCAGCUUGAAAUUCCCAGACUACUCCAUUCUAGUUUUUAAUUUCUCAUAAUGCAAAUCCGCAGAGCAGGAUCCCAAGAAUAAAGUUAUUGUUUCCUUCUGUCUGUGCAUGAUGAUGCUUCAGUACCAAAACUCCCAGCAGGAACAGAGGACUCUUUAAUCAACCCUGCAACAGCAAAGACCUGCAUUGUAUCCCUGGUUUUGCCUCAUCAGCUCCAAGCAGUCAAGUUUCUGGGACAAUCUGAUAAGAACAAGGGUGCCAUACAGUUUGUUUCAAAAACAACAACAACAACAGAAUCAUUUGGCUUUAUCCAGUUUUGAGCAGCCCUUCUUAAGCCUGAUGCCUUUUUCUGAGUCACUGGUUAUGACCCUUUCAGUCCCAGUCUUUAAAAGGUGUAAUCUCAGUUCUCCAGUACAAACCAGCUCCCUUCUAGUGGUAGGUGCAGGUUGCUUAUAAAGUUGUGGAGAAACUAAAAUCGUAGAAAGGGAACUUGAAGGUCCGAUUACAGGUGAUUUCUUUUCUUCUUUUUGGUUUGCUUCUACUCUGUUACUUUGCCAGGGACUGACUCAAAGCCCCUGGAAGCCAGGUGGAAAGCUCAACCACUAGCAGCAGGGAAAUGUCUGCUGUGACAUCCGUGGGUUUUGCAUCAGCCUCUGGAUGCAUUUUGCAGUUGAUAAUAAUUUUCAGAGUGACAUUUUGUUCUCUUUCCGGUACAAACAGACCUGCUUAUCACUUACACAUAUUUACCCGUGUUCAACACACAGGUUUGGGUUAGUAUUUAUUUUUAUCUUUUAAAUCUCAAAAACAAUAUGCUGCUAGAUACAUUUCCUGGAGGGAAAUGGACACCUACCUACACACAAAGCUAUAGAGCUAAUUUAUACCUUGUUGAAUUUAUAACCUUGUCUAUGCUUCUAUGGACACUUUGUAUGGGCUGCAGCUCAAAUCCUAAAAUAGUCAAGAAUUUUUCCUUUCCCAUAUAGUAUUCUAUUUACUUUGACUUAAAAAAAAAAGCGUAUAAAUGCAAUAAUGCAGGUAGACUAGAAAUACUAGAUUGAAAAUUAAAGUAGUUUAGCUUGUCCCGUUGUGACUGACAGUGUUGUAUGACACCCAACGCUGUACCCUACCAUUUUCCAGGCUUUCUACGUAGCUGAAUCUAGUAUUAGCUUUGAAAACCCAUUGUAUGAGUGGUGGGUGGAUGGGCUGGAAUUGUGUGCUCUCUACACACUGUAUGUUACUCACAUUAGAAGCUGUAUGGCCACUCCAUAUGCUGUGAAACUGUAAAUGAUUCCCAAUACACCUGUAACUCUUACCAGGAUUGUGAGAAAUAAACUAUAUAUAGAGAUAUAA